AUGUUUCUAGUAGACUGGUGGUAUAGUGCACUAGCGAGUCUAGGGCUUUACCACAAGAAUGCCAAAAUCCUAUUUUUGGGCCUUGACAAUGCGGGAAAAACAACUCUUCUUCACAUGUUGAAAGAGAACAGAGUGCAAGUUCACGUUCCAACGUUGCACCCAAAUACCGACGAAUUGAUCAUUGGAAACAUCAAAUUUAAGACCUUCGAUUUGGGUGGUCACGAAACCGCUCGUCGUUUGUGGCAAGAUUAUUUCACUACUGUCGACGGAGUCGUUUACCUUGUAGAUGCGAUUGACAGAGGCCGUUUCCCAGAGGCAAAAAAGGAGUUAGACGCACUUUUGACCAGUGAGGAGUUGCAAGAGGUUCCAUUUUUGGUUCUUGGAAAUAAGAUUGAUAUGCCAACUGCUGCCAGCGAAGAAGAACUCAAGUACGCUUUGGGAUUGGUCGACACCUAUGGAAAGGACAAGGGACCUGAUGGAAGCGGAACUCGCCCAAUUGAAUUGUACAUGUGUUCCGUCAUCCGAAGAAUGGGUUAUGCCGAUGGUUUCAAGUGGCUUUCGCAAUUUCUAUCUUAG